CUCAAAGUCACGCGCUGGCGGGACCUUCAGGUCUACACCGGCAACUGUUGCAGCGCCCUGCGGGCUACUGCUGUUUUGGAAGCUUGGAAGGCCUGAGUUUUGCCCUUUUCCAAGAGGAGCCCAGAGAAGGACUGGUCUUUUUCUGCAAAUACCAAAGCCAUGGCUCAGGAGUCAGUGGUGUUCAAUGAUGUGUCCAUAGACUUCUCUCAGGAGGAGUGGGAAUGCCUGAAUGAUGAUCAGAGAGAUUUAUACAGAGAUGUGAUGUUGGAGAAUUACAGCCACCUGGUUUCAAUGGCAGGACAUUCUGUUUCUAAACCAGAUGUGAUCUCCUUCUUGGAGCAGGGGAAAGAGCCCUGGUUGGUUGACAGAGAACUAACAAGAGACCAGUGGCCAGUCCUGGAAUCAAGAUGUGAGACCAAGAAAUUAUUUCUGAAGAAGGAAAUUUAUGAAAUAGAGUCAGCGCAGUGGGAGAUAAUGGAAAGACUUACAAGACAUGACCUUCAGUGCUCUAGUUUCAGAGAUGAUUGGGAAUGUAAUGGCCAGUUUGAGAAACAACAUGGCUCUCAGGAGGGACACUUCAGUCAACUGAUAUUCACCCAUGAAGGCAUGCCCACUUUCAGUCAGCAUCCAUCCUUUACAUUACAGCAAAUCAUUAAUAAUAAAGAGAAAUACUGUGCAACUAAGGAAUAUAGGAAAACCUUUAGACAUGACUCACAACUUAGUACACAUCAGAUAAUUCAUACCAUUGAGAAACCCUAUGAAUGUAAGGAAUGUGGAAAGGCCUUUAGACAUCCCUCAAGACUCAGUCAUCAUCAGAAAAUUCAUACUGGCAAGAAACCCUUUGAAUGUAAGGAAUGUGGGAAAACAUUUAUUUGUGGUUCAGACCUUACUCGACAUCACAGAAUUCACACUGGUGAGAAACCCUAUGAAUGUAAGGAAUGUGGAAAGGCCUUUAGUAGUGGCUCAAACUUCACUCGACAUCAGAGAAUUCACACUGGUGAAAAGCCCUAUGAAUGUAAAGAAUGUGGGAAGGCUUUUAGUAGUGGCUCAAACUUUACUCAACAUCAGAGAAUUCAUACGGGGGAGAAACCCUAUGAAUGUAAAGAAUGUGGCAAUGCCUUUAGUCAGAGCUCACAACUUAUUAAACAUCAGAGAAUUCAUACAGGUGAGAAACCCUAUGAAUGUAAGGAAUGUGAAAAGGCGUUUCGUUCUGGUUCAGACCUUACUCGACAUCAGAGAAUUCAUACUGGUGAGAAGCCCUAUGAAUGUAAGAUAUGUGGGAAAGCCUAUUCUCAGAGUUCACAACUUAUUAGUCAUCAUAGAAUUCAUAGUGGUGAGAAACCCUAUGAAUAUAGGGAAUGUGGAAAGACCUUUAAUUAUGGCUCACAACUUAUUCAACAUCAAAAUUUGUACUGGCUACCACAACAUUCUCGGUCCUCCACAGUCUGCCAGACAAUUCCAGUUAAAAUCUCCUUCACAAACCACAUUCCGAUCCGCGAAGUAGCACCUCUCAAACACAAACCGGCCACACCCAAUGAAAAAAUCGCACCCAAAACCACUCCAAAGACAGACACGCAGCGCCAUCCGACUAUGUUAAAGGCUUCUAGCCUAAGCCUUUGCCUAAGCCUUUUGGUUUGCCAUAUGGUCCAUGUCCUCCAGUAUCUCUUCCAUCUUAAAAACAAAUUUUCUUUAACUUCAAAUGUAUUAUAUGGUUUGUCAUUGCAGGGGUCGGUGAUGUUCAAUGAUGUGUCCAUAGUCUUCUCUCAGGAGGAGUGGGAAUACCUGGACUUGGAACAGAGGGACUUGUACAGAGAUGUAAUGUUGGAGAAUUACAGCAACUUGGUCUCACUGGGAUGCUUCAUUUCUAAGCCAGAUGUGAUUUCCUUAUUGGAGCAAGGAAAAGAGCCCUGGAAAGUUGUGAGGAAAGGAAGGAGGCGAUAUCCAGAUUUAGAGACCAGGUAUGAGACCAAGAAGUUCUCUUCGGAAAAUGACAUUCACGAAAUAAACUCACCCCAGUGGAAGAUAAUGGAAAGAAUUAAAAACCAUGGCCUUAAGGGCCUAAUUUUAAAAAGUGAUUGGGAGUCCAAAAGAAAAUUUGAAGGACAGGAGGGAUAUUUCAGUCAAAUGAAAACUGCAUCUCAAAAAGUGUCCUCUUACCAAAAACGCACAUCUCUAACUUCACCCCAGAGACUUCAUUUUGUGGAGAAACCCUAUGAAUGUAAAGAAUGUGGGAAAACCUUUAGAGUACGCCAACAGCUUACUUUCCAUCAUAGAAUUCAUACUGGUGAAAAACCCUAUGAAUGCAAGGAAUGCGGAAUGGCCUUUAGACAGACUGCACAUCUUACUCGACAUCAGAGACUUCAUUCUGGUGAAAAGCUCUAUGAAUGUAAGGAAUGUGGAGAAUCUUUCAUAUGUGGCCCAGACCUCAGAGUACAUCAGAAAAUUCAUAUUGGUGAGAAGCCCUAUGAAUGUAAAGAAUGUGGGAAGGCCUUCCGAGUGCGUGGACAACUUACUCUCCAUCAGAGGAUUCAUACUGGUGAGAAACCCUAUGUAUGUACAGAAUGUGGAAAGGCCUUUAGACAGUAUGCACACCUUACUCGACAUCAGAAGCUUAAUAUUGCUGACAAACUCUACGAAUGUAAAGAAUGUGGGAAGGCCUUUUUGUGUGGCUCUGGCCUUAGAGUACAUCACAAACUUCAUACUGGUGAGAAACCCUAUGAAUGUAAGGAAUGUGGGAAGGCCUUUAGAGUGAGACAACAACUAACACUCCACCAGAGAAUUCAUACUGGUGAGAAACCCUAUGAAUGUAAGGAAUGUGGAAAGACCUUUAGUCGUGGUUAUCAUCUUAUUCUUCAUCACAGAAUUCACACUGGUGAGAAACCUUAUGAAUGUAAGGAGUGUUGGAAGGCCUUUAGUCGUUACUCACAACUUAUUUCACACCAAAGUAUCCAUAUUGGUGUUAAACCCUAUGACUGCAAGGAAUGUGGGAAGGCUUUUAGAUUACUCUCACAACUUACACAACAUCAGAGUAUUCAUGUUGGUGAGAAGCCCUAUAAAUGUAAGGAAUGUGGGAAGGCCUUUAGAUUGCGCCAAAAACUUACUCUCCAUCAGAGUAUUCAUACUGGUGAAAAACCUUUUGAAUGUAAGGAAUGUAGGAAGGCUUUUAGACUUAAUUCAUCCCUUAUUCAACACCUGAGGAUUCAUUCUGGUGAGAAACCCUAUGAAUGUAAAGAAUGUAAGAAGGCCUUUAGACAACAUUCACACCUUACCCAUCAUCUGAAAAUUCAUAAUAGAGUUCAUAAUGGAGAAAAGUUGUAUGAAUGUAAGGAAUGUAGAAAGACCUUUAUUCGUCGCUCAACACUUAGUCAACAUCUGAGAAUUCAUACUGGUGAGAAACCUUAUAAAUGUAAGGAAUGUGGGCAGGCAUUUAGACAGCGUGCGCACCUUAUUCGACAUCACAAACUUCAUACCGGUGAGAAGCCCUAUGAAUGUAAGGAAUGUGGGAAGGCCUUUACAGUGCUCCAAGAACUUACUCAACAUCAGAGACUCCAUACUGGUGAAAAGCCCUAUGAAUGUAAGGAGUGUGGAAAGGCCUUCAGAGUGCAUCAGCAACUUGCUCGACAUCAGAGAAUUCACACUGGUGAGAAACCCUAUGAAUGUAAGGCAUGUGGGAAGACCUUUAGGCAGUGUACACACCUUACUCGACAUCAGAGACUUCAUACUGCUGAGAAGCUCUAUGAAUGUAAGGAAUGUGGGAAAGCCUUUGUAUGUGGUCCAGACCUUAGAGUACAUCAGAAAAUUCAUUUUGGUGAGAAACCUUAUGAAUGUAAGGAAUGUGGAAAGGCUUUUAGAAUAUGCCAACAACUUACUGUCCAUCAGAGUAUUCAUACUGGUGAGAAACCCUAUGAAUGUAAGGAAUGUGGGAAGACUUUUAGACUAAGGCAGCAACUUGUUCGCCAUCAGAGAAUCCAUACUCGUGAGAAACCCUAUGAAUGUAUGGAGUGCUGGAAGACCUUUAGUAGUUACUCACAACUUAUUUCACAUCAGAGCAUUCAUAUUGGUGAAAGACCUUAUGAAUGUGAAGAAUGUGGGAAGGCCUUUAGAUUGCUCUCACAACUUACCCAACAUCAGAGUAUUCAUACUGGUGAGAAACCUUAUGAAUGUAAGGAAUGCAGAAAACCUUUUAGACUGCUGUCACAACUUACUCAGCAUCAGAGUAUUCAUACUGGUGAGAAACCUUAUGAAUGUAAGGAAUGUGGUAAGGCUUUCAGACUUUAUUCAUUCCUUACUCAGCACCAGAGAAUUCAUACUGGAGAGAAACCCUACAAAUGUAAGGAAUGUAAGAAGGCCUUUAGACAACAUUCACACCUUACUCAACAUCAGAAAAUUCAUAAUGGGGUUUAGUAUGAGAAAGCCUUCAAUUGUACAUUAUGUUACAGAAUAUCUGAAAAUUCAUUUUUGAGAAAUUUGCUUCAUGCUUCAACUAAGCAUAAGAAAUUUUAUAUUAUUGAAAAAAAUAUGUUGCUUUAAAAGCCUUCUAUCACCAUUCAGACAUUGUUUAUCUUCAGCAAAUUUGUAUGAGGGAAUAAUAUAAUGAAUGUAGGGAAAUCUUUAGCCUUAUCUAUCAUUAUCCCCAUUUCACUCCUUUCUUACAGUGUGUUAUUGGACAAGGUACUUAAACUUCUGUGCCUCAUUUUGCUCACUUGUAAAACGGUGAUAAUAGUACCUAUGUAUAUUAGUUAUUUAUUGCUGUGUAAUAAAUUACCACAAACUUAGUAGCUUAAAAUAAUAUACAUUAUCUCACAAUUUCUAUGGGUCAGUUGUCUGGGCAUAACUUUGUUGGGUCUUCUGCUUCAGGGUCUCGCACAGAGCUAAACUAAAGGUUUCAGCCAGAGUUGGGUCUCAUCUGAAGGCUCAACAGGGAAAGGGAUCCAUAUCCAACCUCACAUGGUUGUUGGCUCUUGCACUGAGGUCCACAGUUUCUAGCUGGCUGAUGGCUGACCUUAGUUCCUUGCCACAUGUGUUUCUUCAACACGACUGCUUAUUAAGUGUGCAAGCCAAGAAUGCAGUAGAGUCUACUAGCAUCAUAGAAGCUAUAAUCUUGUAUGAUCUAAUCACCAGAGUAACACCUUUUCGUCACUUUUGCUGUAUUCUACUGGUUAGAAGCAGGUUACUGGGUCACCGCACACUCAAGGGUAGAGGAUUACACAAGAGUAUGAAUACCAGGCUGUAGGGACCAUUUCAGAGUCAGCCUGCCACACUGUGUAAUAGGAUUGUCUUAAGGAUUAAGUAGUUAAUGCUUGGAAAAAUAGCAGCCACAUAGCAUGUUUUCUGUAAAUAAUAUCUAUAAUUGUUAUCAUUAGUGUUAGUGAAUUCAUAUGAAAGGAAUUUACUCUAGAAGUAGUAAAUGUAGAAAUGCCUCAUGUCACUGCUCAGUACUUAACUAAACUUAAGAUAAUUUAUUCCAGAUAAAAUCUAAGAGGUUAUAUUGAAUGUGGGAAGUUCUUCAUCAUUUGAGCUGCAUCAAUCAUUUUGUGCUGAAAAGAAUGUCACGAAUGUGAGGUUAAGAGUACAACUGUUGAAGAAUCAGAAAAAUACGAAAUUAUUUUCCCAUAAUAAAUUCCAAAAAGUAAAUGUUUUGCAAUCCCUAUUGCCUGGCCACUGUUAAAGCUUAAUUAGAAACAUCAAAAAGAUGGCAGAAAGGAAACCAGUUGGAAAUUUAAUAAUGUGCGUGCGUGCGUGUGUGUGUGUGUGUGUAUACAUGUAUGUAAAACUCAUAUAAAAGAUCAUCAUUCCAUUACAGGCAGUGUAUGGUUUGAUGUUCAAAUUGCCCCAUCUUCAACCAGUGGGAGUUGGGUCUUUUGACAUGACCCCACUAGUAGUUUGAUAGUUUACUUGGUUAUGGCUGCAGUCUGGUCAGCAAUGGAAGAUGCUUGGGCACCAACUCAUCCUGAAAAUUGGUAAGGGGAAAAAUAAGCAUUUAUUUUGCUUUUUCCUUGUGAACCAAGUUUCAGGGCCACCAAAAGCUCCUCAGAUUAAAAGGUUUUUGUUUUGUUUUGUUUUUAAGAAAUCAGUAAAUAUGGAAAGAAUGGUAGGAUUAGAAAAAUCAUUUUCUAGUUCCCUAAUGGGAUAAUGGGUCCAGAAAAUGAUCUUCAGUGGAUAUUAAAACUAUUGGGUGAAAUAUUUUAUAGUGAGAACUUUCAAGCUGACCACCUCUGAGCCCUUUGAUCAAUUUUAACCUCUUUAAAAGUGGGACUAUCAGACAAUAUCCACAUCCUGAUAAAAUGCAAUACAAAAUACACACCACUGCCUACAAAGCCUUAUUGCCAAAACAGUGAACUGAAGGAAGCAAACCUUUGAGUCAAACUCUUUAAAAAUGAGAAUUUGGGGAAUAGAUGAACAAAGUAAAUGGCACCACAAGGAAGUAGCCAAGCAGAUACAGAAUGCGUAAAAUUCUAAGAAACAAAUGACCCUGAUUUCUUCAACUAAUGAGUGGCAUGAAAAAGAAAAGGGGAAGGGCAACAAUUAAUAGAUUAAAAGAGACUUAAGAGACCUAUCAACUAAAUUUAGUACAUGGGCAUUGCUUGGACCUAGUUUGAACAAAAUGUAAAAAGACAUUUUGGAGACAGUGGGGAAAAUGUGGACAUGCACUGAGUAUUACCUGAUAUUUAGAAAUAUGUUGUUAGGGAUGAUAAUAUCAAUGUGGUUAUUAAAAGAUAAAAGGUUCUAUGUGUUAGAGAUACAUACUUACAUACUUAAGAAAUGGUAAGAUACCAAAUCUGCUUUAUAUACUCUAGCAAAGGAAAAAGAAUUGGCAAAGAGAGCUGGGAAGUAGGUUAGCAAAAUGUUGAUAAUUACUGACAUGGAGUGGUUUGCUUUGGGGAGUUUAUUGUUCUAAUAUUUCUACUUUUUUAUGUGUUUGAAAGUUUCAGUAAUAAAAUGUUUAAUAUCAAAACUGAAAUUUAUAGACUACUUAGAAAUGAUUGUUGAGAUGUGUGCAUCUAAACAUGUCAGAUGUCACCAAAGUUCUGUUCAGUGAAAAAUUCAUCCCCUUUAAUGCAUUAUAAGGAAGUUUUAUUUGUGGACCCAGUCUUCAUCAUCUUCACCUUAUCCAUAGCAGUCAACACAGGGCCUGUCACCUAAAUAAAUGUGUCAAGGGAAUGAAUACUUAAUCAAGAAACCAGAAACAGAACAGAAUAAAACCUACAAAAGAGAAGCAAAGCAUAACUAAAAAUAGAAAUUAAGGACUAGACAGUAGAUUUAAUCCAGUACUAAUGAUAAGAUUUUGGAAGAUCCAAUCAAGAAAAAGAAAAUGAAAGAUAAUGCCUUUGGAAUAUUGACCGUGAUAAAGGUGACAUAGCUACAGAUUAUCCAGAAAAUUUUUUUAAUUACAACACAAUACUAUAUAUAUGUGCUAUAUUUAUUCUAAUACCUAAAAUAUAGGUACUUUUUUUUUCUGUAGGAAGGUUAUGAAAAUUGACUCAAAUAGACCAAGAAGCAAAUGUGUAUGUAUAUAUGAACUCCCUGCUUAAGAAAGAAAAAGUCUGAUAGUUGUGCAGGUAAAAGCUUUAAGAAAUAGAUAAUCCUUCACAAAAUUCUCCAAUUAAUUCUGCACAGCCAAAAUAAUCCUGAUACAAACCUGAAUGAAGAUGGCUCCUAAAAAGCAAAACCUAGACCAGCUUCAUUUAUGAAUAUUCUAUUCAUCUUAAUUCUAUUUAGAAUUAAUUACAAAAUCAGUCUUCACUAAUAGAUCCAUGUAUUUACCUUUCCCAAGUUUCAGAUAUCUCCAGGAGAGCCAGAGUGUAAGACCUUAACCCAGCGUUCUCCACAAACUUGUUUUGGGAUAUUCUAGUCCUUGAUGAUAUUUGGGAAAAGAUUUCUUAGGAAAAUGUGUAAAUGCAGCAGAGCAUUUGCUUGUGGGGAAAUCCAAGUACACAUCAUCAGCUUGUCAAAAGAUACAGUAAAGAGAUUUUUAUUUUACACAGUGUAUCUCAAACUUACUUCAUUGUGGAACUCUCAUUCCCAGUAUCUCCUACCAUCUUUAGAAUGUGAGCCACUUUGAUAGAUGCUUCCAUUGCCACAAUGAAUGUCUUUAAGACCAUCAUUUGAGACAUUACGGUGAGUGAGUGUGUUGGCAGGGGGUGAGGAAAGGGCACUUUUCUUUGUAACUCACGUCAUAUUCUGAAAGCUGCCUGCUUGAAUCUUGAGGGCUAGUGCUUUUCUAUAGAAUGUAAAAGAUUCUAGCUUGGUCCUUGAUAUGUAUAUAUUAAACAUGCUUAAAUAUUCUGUUAAGUAGUGAUUAGGACAUAAACGAUUUUUCAUUGUAAUAAAAAUGCUAUAUUAAAUAUCA